AUGAAUUGUAUUGUAAACUAUGGAUAUUCUACUGCCAUAUGUUAUGUCUUUUCAUUACCAUUCAUGUUUGACGAUCUCACAUAUAUUGGUAAUACAUAUCCAAGUAUUGUUUUCAAUAAUGUUAAAAGAUUAACGGUGAAGGAUGUUUCAUUCAAACAUGAAUUUUUCAAUGGAAUUGCGUUGCCUUUUCCUUUGCUUGAAGAAUUAUGUGUUAUUAAUAUUAAACCACAAUCAUUAAUAUCAGACAAGUGGAACUCUAAUGAUAAUCAAUUGUAUUCAAUUAUUAAAUUUCCUUAUCUUAUUUCGCUUCGUCUUGUCACUGUUCAUAUUGAUUAUAUCGAUCAAUUUCUCAAUGAGAAAAAAAUACAUUUACCUUGUCUGACUGAAUUAACAGUCAAUUAUAAUAAUUUAUUAAUCGUCACAGGAAACUUUGCAAAAGAUACAACACGGCUUAAUUGUAUGAAAAUAAAAAAAUUAUAUGUUGGUGAAACAAUUGAACAUACAAAAGAUCUCUAUGCUUAUUUUCCUUUGUUAGAACGCUGUUUUUUUUUCUUACUAAAUUAA